GUGGGGUGUGGUGUUGAAAUGACUGGAGUGUAUCCCGCACCGGAGCCUGUAAAAGGCGAGACAGACGCAGGAAGAUGCGAACAGGGCUGUGUGGCGGAUUUUCUGGACACGUUACAACUGGAUAAAUUUCAUUCAUUUUUACCGCUGUCAUCGUCGGGAAUGAAUUGUUUUCACCGAAAUCACAGCGGGGACGUUUGGUGGGACUGCAAUGGAGCGUCGAUGCUGUGCGUGAGAUAAUCUGACCGUUUGUCUAUAAAGCUAAUAUUACACAUAAUUAGCUAUUGGCAAUUGGGACACCUAUAUUUUUGGUCUCUGUUAGGAUAUUUUAAAGAGGAUGUCACAUUUCCACAGCGAUAUGGCACAGAAAACAUGAAGAUGUUCUGAAUAAUAAAAACGGACAGGGAUAACAGGAAACGGGAAUAUUAUUGAUCGACCAUCGGAGGGUAUAGCUCUUCAUCCAUUUUCAUCAUCAAUAAGGAAUUUUGGAGAUACAAACCAAUCAUGUCUAAAAAUAAGAGCAGUGAAUGUGUGAAGGUUGUAGUACGAUGCCGGCCUUUGAACCGAAAAGAAGAGUCCAAUGGGCCUGCAGGUGGGAUUGUUCAAAUGGAUUUGAAGUUGGGACAGGUCAUCCUCCGAAACCCCCGUGCGCCACCUUGUGAACCCCUAAAGACAUUCACAUUUGACGCUGUAUACGACGCCAACUCAAAACAACGAGAUCUUUACGAUGAGAGUGUUAGGCCAUUAAUAGAUUCUGUUCUUGAUGGUUUUAAUGGUACCAUUUUUGCUUACGGCCAAACUGGGACGGGCAAGACUUAUACCAUGCAAGGGGCAUGGAUGGACCCUGAGAAAAGGGGUGUAAUCCCAAAUGCUUUUGACCAUAUCUUCACCCACAUUUCUCGCUCUCAAUCAGACAAACAGUAUCUAGUGCGAGCAUCCUACUUGGAGAUCUAUCUUGAGGAGAUCCGGGACCUUCUUGAUCCAAACCAUGCAAAUACAAGAUUGGAGCUAAGGGAAAGUCCUGAGACCGGUGUAUAUGUUCGAGAUCUUACUUCUUGUGUUUGCAAAAGCAUCAAAGAAAUAGAGGAAGUUAUGAAUAUGGGGAACCAAGCCAGGGCAGUUGGAGCAACAGACAUGAAUGAGCAUUCUUCCAGAUCUCAUGCGUUAUUUUUAAUCACAGUGGAGUGCAGCCAACCUGGGCCAGAUGGAAGAAAGCAUAUCCGGGUAGGACGUUUAAAUUUGGUGGACUUAGCUGGUAGUGAACGACAAGCUAAGACAGGAGUGCAUGGAGAGCGCCUGAAAGAAGCAGCGAAGAUCAACUUAUCACUAUCUGCCCUAGGGAAUGUCAUUUCAGCUUUGGCUGAUGGUAGAAGUGGACAUGUACCGUACCGGGAUUCAAAAUUAACUAGACUCCUACAAGAUUCUUUAGGUGGCAAUGCCAAAACAGUCAUGGUUGCUACCUUAGGUCCAGCUCCUCAACACUAUGACGAAACACUGACCACUUUAAGGUACGCUAAUCGGGCCAAAAACAUCCAUAACCAACCUCGAGUCAAUGAAGAUCCCAAAGAUGCCCUUUUGAGAGAGUUUCAAAAGGAAAUUGCAAGGCUGAGGGCACAGCUCAACCACAGGAAGUGGAGAAACAAGCAUAAGAAAGAUGGAGAUGUUUGGGACAGGGAUGGUGAUGAGGAUACAGCAGGAGAGGAAGACUAUGAGGAGAAAGACGCAGAGGAUUAUAUGACGCUGGAGGAGCAAAGGCUGGAACUGGAGAAGGAAGCCAUCAGAGGAGAUCGAUUCCUAUUGGCUGAGGAGAAGCAGAGGCUCCUGGGAGAGAAGGAGAGGAUGAUGGGAGAUCUAAGGAAGGAACAGGAGGCUACAGAGCAGCUCACAGCCAAAUAUAAGGCAAUGGAGAGCAAGCUACUGGUGGGAGGCAAAAACAUCAUGGACCACACCAACGAGCAGCAGAAGAUGUUGGAGAUAAAGAGACAUGAAAUUGCUGAGCAGACUCGCAAUGAGAGAGAGAUCCAGCAGCAGAUGUUGAUUCAGGAUGAGGAGACGCUGGAGCUCAGAGAAACAUUUACUUCAUUACAACAGGAAGUGGAAGCUAAGACCAAGAAACUGAAAAAGCUGUACGCCAAACUCCAAUGCAUCAAAACGGAGAUAAAGGAUGUGAACGAUGAGCAUGUGAGGAGCCGGCAGGAGCUGGAGCAAACCCAGAAUGAACUCACAAGGGAGCUCAAGUUCAAAUAUUUGAUCAUAGAGAACUUCAUUCCCCCAGAGGAAAAGAACAAAAUUAUGAACAGAUUGACUUUUGACCCGGAGGAGGACCAGUGGAAGUUUCAGCCUCUCGUCCAGUCGGAGAGUAAGUCGUCCCAGAUGAAGAAAAGGCCCUCCUCCGCAGUCGGAUACAAACGUCCAAUCACACAGUUUGCCCGGGUUGCCAUGACAAUGGGCCCUCGUACCAGAUAUAGGGCUGAGAACGUCAUGCUUCUGGAGCUGGACAUGAACCCUCUGAACAUCAGCUCUCCAGACCGGUACUCCGAGUCCGACCCCUCCCAGAGCCCAUCUCAGGACAGCUCCCCCUCCAAGGACAGGGGUGUCUGCAAGUCCACCUCCUGGUGCCAGUCCCAGAAAUCUCUCAAGUCGUCCUCUUCUAAUGGUUCACUUGUGGCUUGUCAAACACCUGCUGUGGCACAAUGAAACUUUUAAAAAAUUAUUUAUAUCUAUUUAAUUUAUUUUAAGGACAACAACCCACAUGUUGAACUUUAUACCAUGCUGCAAUGACGUUUGAAGAAUGAGGAAAACCACUACAUUUUCCCUGUUACUGAUUACAAAACUGCUGUCCUCUCACCUGUGCAUGAAAUCACAGACUCCAGUACAAGCCUGUGGAAAGUUUGAGUUUUCAACAGGAUUUCGGACAGUUCAUUGAUAACUAAAUGUCUGUAUGUGCUGUAGGAAAAAGUAGAAAAUAAUUUAUUGUAGAGUUUGUUGUGUGUUCGUCAAUGGUCAGAUGCGGCGGUUGAUUCAGCCAGAAUGACGACCUUUAUCAAAUGUUUCCCUGCAUUGUCACUGUCUCUCCACUGAAACUAAAGCCUUAUAAAUAAUAUUAAAAUGGGUGUGGCAUUAGGGCAAUUGCUGAAGGAUUUUGAGCCACAUCACUAAGAACGAUCUUAAAGGUGCACUAUGCAACUUUUUUGGUGAAGGUCCACUUCUUCCUUGUCUUCACUGAGAUGUUGUUGCUUUGAUUGGAAUGCUCCAUAUAGUAUAGUAUUAAUUUUAUUUGUCUUGCAAGAGAUCACCUUGAAAAACAUGCAUUCUUAUUGUGAGCAGGGCCGUGUCUGCUGAUUUGACCUGUAACUUGGCUUGGUGGCGUCACUUACUUGUCUCUACGGAGAUGGAUAAGUUUAAUGACAUACCAUGAAACAGUCUAGGCAAUAACAUGGAAAUACAUGGGAAAAAACAGUUUGAAGCUCCACCAGAAAAGUUACACAGUACACCUAAUGUUUUCUUGCUCAAAGACACAACUGUGAUAUGCAAUGCUGAUCAUUCUGCCAAGUAGGGUUUUUACCAACCGAACCACAAAAACUUUAGCGAAGACAUUCUAUUCAUUAACUGCGUUCAACAGUUGCAUCUAAAAUCUUUCAGCAAUCCCUUACUAUUUGUACAAAGGUAAAUGCUUCUAAAAUGUUAUAAAGUGAAAAGGUGUGUGAAAAAAAUGUAUUGAAAACUGAAUCUACCUGCUGUGUGUGGACCUCACUGUGUUUGUACAGCAAAGUGUCACAGGGUUUACUGAAGGUGCCUAGAGGUCAGAUGAAGCAGACAGGGGCCAGGCUAAUUCAUCCCUUUAUUAUUGAUGCUGGAGAUCAGGUUACAGCAAAAAUCCCCACAGGACAAUGGUGUAACUGAAAAUCACAUAUCUAAAAUUUACCAGUGUUGAAUAUUAUGUUUGACAUUGUAAGGAAAAUUUAAGUUUAUCAGUGAGCGUAAAGUGUCGGUAACUGUUGUGGAUAUUGCUUAUUUCAGUAGUUCAAUUCAAUACAAAAUGUGACCUGUUUUUAUAUCCAGUAGAGUCCACUACUUCAUUGCUUAAUUUAAAAACAUUUGAUGAUUAUGUAUUUCAGUUAACUUUUAUUUAAAUGUUCACAUUUAGUACAAAUUACCAUAUUUAAUUUUGUCCUUUCUAAAUAUUUUUGUUUUUUAUUGAACUGCUGAAAUAAUUUGGAAUAUGUCUUCUGAAAAGUAAUUAAAUAAAGAAUGUUAGAACAUUUAGAUUCAAAUGUAGCUCUGUUUAGUUGCAGGGAUUACCCAUUUCUGCAUCAGUUAAAAUUUUAUCAUGUGGCACAAUUGACCCAGUUUGUCCCAAGUUUAAAUAAAUGGCUGUAUUCAUGUAGUGGGGGUUGCACAUACAUGUGCUCAAUUAGUAUAUAACGAUUUUGAGAUUAUUAUGUACAUUUAAAAGAAGGUGGUGAUGGUGUAACUAAAUGCAUUGUAUUCUGUUCUGCACUUUGGUUUAGGAGCAAGUAAGUGAAUAAAACAAGAAGCAAACAAGAUGCUUUUAACAGUCUU